AUGAAAGUGGUCGAGCCUGCUGGGCGGGUGUCUCGCGGCGUCCUCGCCGAUAUAGGGCGCAAUCGCCGCAGACGGCCGAACGCGUCGCCCAUGGGUCGCCAGUAUUCUACUGAAACCGAACUAGCCAAGGUGUCAGCAGUAUGGGGAUAUGAAGGUGCUACAUACGCAUGGCCUCGAUCUGUCAUGCUGUAUGCACAGUGCCGUCAUCACGGCAAAGUGGACGUUUCCUGCAAGCCGCGCAAGCAGUUUCUCGUGCUCCUCUGGGACGAGCGUUACUGGAGCUUUGCGAACGACUACCCCUUCUCCGUGCGUCCCCCCGGCGACGGCUUGUUGCAUUUCGGCUGCUAUGACGGCGUUGACAUGGUGUACACGACGAACAGAACUAAGCUGGCGGUCGCCGACAUUGUGGACUUCCACCCACGCUACAACAAACGCAUGCCCAAGAGAGGACACCCGCACCAAGCGUUCAUGAUGAGCAGUGGCGAGCCGCCAUACCUGGUCGGCUUCCGGCCGCUGCUCAUGAAAGACGUGAACUUGCUGAGGUCGUUUUCGCGCAGCAGCGACAUACAGCAGGCUCUCACUGAGCCUGGUGAAUGCUUCUGCAAGAAGUAUGUCCAGCCGCUGAAGGUCCCUUUUGAGAAUAGGCACCGCGUGCGGGUGUCUGCGCUCGUCAGCAACUGCAUUUUCCAUGGCGCCGUCGCCCGUAAGAAACUGCUCCAGUACUUGAUGAGCACGAUCCAGGUGCAUAGCAUGGGCGGCUGUUUUCAUAACCACGCCAUGCCAACUGGGCAGAGUGUCAACGCCGUGCUGGGCCAGUACUUGUUCAACUUUGCCGUGGAGAACUCUAUUUGCCUGGACUACAUCACGAAGAAGUUCCACCAGGCGCCGGUCGCAGGCACAGUACCCAUAUUACUGACCCUGGAUAACAUGCCCGGGUAUGAGUUUGUGGCGCCCAUUGGGACACUACUACGUGGAUAUAUCUCGCUACACGAGCAUACAGGAUGCUGUUAG